AAUGCUGGGGGGAAGUGGAGAAGCAGAGCCGGGAGAAUUUAGGCUUGUGGAAUAAUAACAGGGGCUGCUGGAAAGAGGACAGAAGGCAUUGCAUGUGGCGAUAGAAUACAGAGGGAAUCUAGAAGAACGGCAGGGUUUGGUGCAAGAGCAGCCCACUGGAUCUAGUAACUCUAGAGCAGGGACGGCAUCUGGAAUCCAGAGAUACAAAAGGGAAUAAAGAGCUGCAACGGAAUUCCAUCUGGAACACAGAGAGAUCCUGAACAACAGAGACCCGGAAUAGCUUAGAAAUGGAGGAAGAGGAAGGGAAGACCCCUCCAGAUGGAGCAUAUGGUGAACCGCAAAAGUAUGAUCCGAAUUUCAAGGGCCCGAUACAAAACCGGAGCUGUACGGAUAUACUGUGCUGUAUCAUUAUAGUCCUCGCCAUUAUAGCCUAUGUGGCUGUAGGGAUUGUGGCCUGGACCUACGGAGAUCCGCGCAAGGUGAUCUACCCAACGGAUAGCCGGGGGCAAUUCUGCGGCCAAGCUGGGACCCCUUAUGAGAAGAAACCUUUCUUAUUCUAUUUUAACAUCAUGAAGUGUGCCAGCCCGCUCGUCCUGCUUGAAUUCCAGUGUCCGACCACACAGAUCUGCGUGGAGAAAUGUCCGGAUAGAUUCCUCACGUACUUAUCAGUCGCCACCACUCAGCAAAACUUCGAUUAUUACAGACAGUUCUGCAGGGAGGGAUUCAACAACUUCGCUAAGAGCCCGGCUGAGGUGCUGAGAGAUCGCGAUUGUCCCGCUAUGAUUACCCCCAGCAAGCCGUUCACGAGAAGAUGUUUCCCAGCCAUAAAUUUAAAGAAAGGGGUCGUUAUGGUUGGAAACGCCACUACAUUCGACGACGGGACCACGAACAAACAUCGCAAUGUAACGGAUCUUGUUGAGGGAGCCAAAAAAGCCAACGUGGUGUUAGAAGCUCGUCAGGUGGCCAUGAAGGUGUUUGAGGACUACACCGUGUCGUGGUACUGGAUAAUCAUAGGUCUGCUGAUCGCCAUGGUGGUCAGUUUGAUAUUUGUGGUCUUGUUGAGGUUCCUGGCUGGCAUUAUGAUCUGGGUGAUGAUUGUCCUGCUGAUAGCGGUAAUGGGCUACGGGAUCUUUCACUGCUACAUGGAAUACGCUCAGCUGAAGGGACAGGCCGGGUCGGAUGUCACGCUCACGGAUAUUGGGCUGCAGACGGACCUUCGCGUGUAUCUGCACCUGCGCCAGACGUGGUUGGCGUUCAUGAUCAUCCUCUGUAUCGUGGAGGUCAUCGUGAUCCUUCUGCUUAUAUUCCUGAGGAAGCGGAUCCUGAUAGCCAUUGCGCUUAUAAAGGAGGCCAGCAGGGCAGUAGGACAUGUCAUGUCCUCCAUGGUGUUCCCUCUAUUCACAUUCCUGCUUGUGUGUCUCUGUAUCGCCUACUGGGCCAUCACUGCCGUCUUUCUGUCCACUUCCAACCAAGCCGUCUAUAAAGUGUUUAAUGAUACCCAAUGUGAGUAUGCUGGCGCCACCUGCGACCCAGAGACCUUCAACUCUACCAAUAUCACCCAAGCGUGCCGUGAUGCCCGGUGCCAGUUUGCAUUCUACGGCGGGGAGACCUAUUACCACAAGUACCUUAUAGGGUUUCAGAUCUACAACGCCUUCAUGUUCCUAUGGUUGGCCAACUUUGUUAUCGCGUUGGGGCAGGUGACUCUGGCUGGGGCGUUUGCUUCCUAUUAUUGGGCCUUCAAGAAGCCAGAUGACAUGCCGGCGUUCCCCAUCUUCUCAUCCCUGGGCCGGGCGCUGAGGUAUCACACGGGUUCUCUGGCAUUUGGAUCUCUCAUUCUUGCCAUCGUGCAAUUAAUCAGAAUUAUGUUGGAGUAUCUGGAUCAUAAACUCAAAGGAUCAGAGAAUAAAGUCGCGCGGUUCUUCUUGUGCUGUUUGAAAUGCUGCUUCUGGUGCUUGGAGAAGUUUAUAAAGUUUCUCAAUCGGAACGCGUAUAUUAUGAUAGCGAUAUACGGCACCAAUUUCUGCACGUCCGCUCGGAAUGCCUUUUUCCUGCUCAUGAGGAACAUUAUUCGUGUUGCCGUCCUAGAUAAAGUCACAGACUUCUUGCUUUUCCUAGGAAAACUUCUGGUCGUAGGCUGUGUGGGCAUCCUCGCUUUCUUCUUCUUUACCCACCGGAUCCGUAUUGUACAGGACACGGCUCCUGCCCUCAACUACUACUGGGUCCCCAUCCUGACCGUCGUUGUCGGAUCUUACCUGAUCGCGCAUGGAUUUUUCAGCGUGUACGGGAUGUGCGUGGACACGCUCUUCUUGUGCUUCUUGGAAGAUCUGGAAAGGAAUGACGGAUCGACGGAGAGACCGUACUUCAUGUCCCCGAAUCUCCAGAAACUCCUCAAGAAAAAGAAUACAAAACAAGCUGAAUAAUAAGCCUCGUGCUAUCCAAUGUGGCUGCCCAUCACUACAGAGGAGGAGGACUGACAGUCGUGCGUACGGUUUCCUGCGUUCUGAGUGUAUUAUAGGUUUAUGGACUUGUUUGUUUAAUGUACUUGGAUUACAAAAGUGCUUUUAUACAUGUACAAUGCUUAUAAAUGUGUGUACAUAUGCCUCAUGUAUAGUAACAAUGCUUUACAUGUAUGCGAAGUGUACAUUAUUUAAGUGUUUGAGAUGCUGUACACAAAAAAUGCAUACAUUAGACCCCCCUUUUUUUAUAUAAACUUUUUUUUUUUUUUUUUAGGGGGGUCAUCGAAUAGGCCUGGGCACUAAACGUAUUUAUGACUAUGCUUUUGAGCCUUUAACUGGAUUAGCUGCCUUUUUUUUUUAAAUUCUAUGAUUAUAAUUAUUUUUGCAUUGUUUCUUUUGUUUUUAUAUUUGCAUGUACACCUGUUUCGUAUGUGUAUAUAAGCAUAACGCGGUCUGAAAGGUUUAUAGAAACACCAAAUAUAAGAGAGCUACUAUAAAUGUGACUAGACUUGUCUCCAAGCUAUGUACUGAAGUGAUCGUAAAUAAUAAACCAUCUUUUUUUUGUA